GAGCAGGGAUGGGAGAAACCCGAGCCUCUCUGAAGCCGACGUAAGCAGAGCAGGGUGCGGGGAAGCAGGGAGGAGAAAUAUUCUUGUGGAAACGUCACAUUGGCCUUGGGGCUCUCCAGCCCGCUGGGGUAUCCCAUGGGAUCUUAGAAGCAGCGAGGAGGGCAGCAGCCCUGCGCCAGCCACGAUUCCAACGCUCGGCCCCUGCCAGCUCUUCGCGACGGGGCAGCCAAACGCCCUACCUCGCCAUUUGCCAGGUCACGAUUCUUAUCCACGUGAACACUCAUGGCUCUGCUACGAAAAAUUAAUCAGGUGCUGCUGUUCCUACUGAUUGUGACCAUCUGUGGGAUUGUGUACAAGAAAGUGCACAGGGGAACGGUGCUCAGGAAUGACGCAGAUGAGGACGCCGAGACUCCAGAGGAAGUGGAGGAGGAGAUUCCCGUGGUGAUCUGUGCGGCCGCGGGGAGGAUGGGUGCUGCCAUGGCUGCCAUCAACAGCAUCUACAGCAACACCGACGCCAACAUUCUCUUCUAUGUGGUUGGACUGCGGAACACUCUGACUCGGAUUCGGAAAUGGAUUGAACAUUCUAAGCUGAAAGAGAUAAACUUUAAGAUUGUGGAGUUCAACCCGAUGGUGCUCAAAGGGAAGAUCCGACCAGACUCAUCGAGGCCUGAAUUGCUACAGCCUCUGAACUUUGUUCGAUUUUACCUCCCCCUGCUGAUCCACCAGCAUGAGAAAGUCAUCUACUUGGACGAUGACGUCAUUGUACAAGGUGACAUCCAAGAGCUGUACGACACCACCUUGGCCCUGGGCCAUGCAGCAGCUUUCUCUGAUGACUGCGAUUUGCCCUCUUCCCAGGAUAUAAGCAGACUAGUGGGACUUCAGAACACAUACAUGGGCUAUCUGGACUAUCGGAAGAAGACCAUAAAGGACCUUGGCAUCAGCCCCAGCACCUGCUCUUUCAAUCCCGGCGUGAUUGUAGCCAACAUGACGGAAUGGAAACACCAGCGUAUCACCAAGCAACUGGAGAAAUGGAUGCAGAAAAAUGUGGAGGAGAACCUGUACAGCAGCUCCCUGGGUGGAGGGGUUGCCACCUCUCCCAUGCUGAUCGUGUUUCAUGGGAAACAUUCCACCAUCAACCCCCUGUGGCACAUCAGGCACCUGGGCUGGAAUCCUGACGCCAGGUACUCGGAGCACUUCCUGCAGGAAGCCAAGUUACUGCACUGGAAUGGAAGGCACAAACCCUGGGACUUCCCAAGUGUUCACAACGACUUAUGGGAAAGCUGGUUUGUCCCCGACCCUGCUGGGAUAUUUAAACUCCGUCACAAUAGCUGAUAGUACUCAACAUUUUAAAAACUCCCUAUAUAAAAAGGUGGAACUGUCCCUUUGUAGCCUUCUAUCGCACUGUUCUUUAUGAGCAGUGCCUUCCACACAGCUGAUCCCCCACAUGAGAACCAGAAACUUCUUUGUGCAGACUGGACUUGGACCAGGGAGCAUGGACGUGCUGCCUUAAGCACAAGUGGUUG